GGAGCGGGCAAGCUCGCUCUCUUUCUUUCUUCCCUUCUCUCUCCCGGGGCUCAGUUAAUCCCGCUGCCAGGCGGUGCUGAGCAGCAGUCUGAGCGCUGGAUUCCGAGCGAGGGGGACGCGCAGCUCUGAAGGCGCAGCGGAGGGGAGGCGAGAGAGGCGGCUAAAGAGAGCAGAGCGGGCAAAAAUCAAACCUAUGCUCGGAGCUGGGCUUCUUUUUCGCCAAUGCAAAAGGGAAUAUGCAGCACAUUUUUGCCUUCUUCUGCACCAGUUUCCUAGGGGCGGUGUUAGGGGCCAAUUUCCCCAACAAUAUCCAGAUAGGGGGAUUAUUUCCUAAUCAACAGUCCCAGGAACAUGCCGCUUUCAGGUUUGCAUUGUCUCAACUCACAGAACCCCCAAAACUGCUUCCCCAGAUCGACAUUGUGAACAUUAGUGACAGCUUUGAGAUGACAUACACCUUCUGCUCGCAGUUCUCCAAGGGCGUCUAUGCCAUCUUCGGCUUUUACGAGCGCAGGACGGUCAACAUGCUCACCUCCUUCUGCGGAGCUCUGCACGUCUGCUUCAUCACACCCAGCUUCCCCGUCGACACCUCCAACCAGUUUGUGCUCCAGCUUCGCCCAGAGCUCCAGGAUGCCCUCAUCAGUGUCAUCGAGCACUACAGCUGGCAGAAGUUUGUGUACAUUUACGACGCUGACCGGGGGUUGUCAGUCCUACAGAAAGUGCUGGACACAGCAGCCGAGAAGAACUGGCAGGUGACAGCUGUCAACAUCCUGACGACCACAGAAGAGGGCUACCGUGUGCUCUUCCAGGAGCUGGAGAAGAAGAAGGAGAGGCUGGUGGUGGUGGACUGUGAAUCUGAGCGACUGAAUAUCAUCCUCAGCAAGAUCAUCAAGCUUGAAAAAAAUGGGAAUGGAUACCACUACAUACUGGCAAAUUUGGGAUUCAUGGAUAUUGACCUGACCAAAUUCAAGGAGAGUGGAGCCAAUGUAACUGGCUUCCAGUUGGUGAAUUACACAGACGCUGUUCCCGCCAGGAUCAUGCAGCAGUGGAGAAAUAAUGAUGCCAGGGAACAUCCUCGUGUGGACUGGAAGAGGCCAAAGUACACGUCGGCCCUGACAUACGACGGGGUGCGGGUGAUGGCUGAGGCGUUUCAGAACCUGCGGAGGCAGCGGAUCGACAUCUCCCGCCGCGGCAACGCCGGGGACUGCCUUGCCAACCCUGCCGUGCCCUGGGGACAAGGCAUUGACAUCCAGAGAGCCCUGCAGCAGGUCCACUUUGAAGGGCUGUCUGGCAACGUUCAAUUUAACGAGAAGGGCCGGAGGACCAACUACACCCUCCAUGUGAUUGAGAUGAAGCAUGAUGGGGUCAGAAAGAUUGGUUAUUGGAAUGAAGAUGAGAAGCUGGUUCCAACAGCUGUAGAUACUCAAAGCGGCAAUGAGUCUACAAGCCUCCAGAACAGGACUUACAUAGUCACAACUAUCCUAGAAGAUCCAUAUGUGAUGCUCAAGAAGAAUGCCAACCAGUUUGAAGGCAACGAGAGAUACGAAGGUUACUGUGUGGAGCUCGCUGCUGAGAUCGCCAAGCACGUCGGCUACCACUACCGCCUGGAGAUCGUCAGAGACGGCAAGUACGGAGCCCGGGACCCCGACACCAAGACAUGGAACGGCAUGGUGGGAGAACUCGUUUAUGGGAGAGCUGAUGUGGCUGUGGCACCGUUAACCAUCACUCUGGUUCGAGAGGAAGUUAUAGACUUUUCCAAACCGUUCAUGAGCUUAGGUAUCUCUAUAAUGAUAAAAAAGCCUCAGAAGUCCAAACCAGGAGUCUUUUCCUUUCUGGAUCCUUUGGCUUAUGAGAUCUGGAUGUGCAUUGUUUUUGCCUACAUUGGAGUGAGCGUUGUCCUCUUCCUGGUGAGUCGCUUCAGCCCCUACGAGUGGCACACUGAGGAGUUUGAGGAAGGACGGGACCAGCCAGCCAACGACCAGACAAAUGAGUUUGGGAUAUUCAACAGCCUCUGGUUCUCCCUAGGAGCUUUCAUGCAGCAAGGAUGUGAUAUUUCUCCAAGGUCUCUCUCCGGCCGCAUAGUUGGUGGCGUCUGGUGGUUCUUCACCUUGAUCAUCAUAUCCUCCUACACAGCUAACCUGGCAGCCUUCCUCACCGUGGAGAGGAUGGUUUCUCCCAUUGAGAGUGCAGAGGACUUGGCCAAGCAGACAGAAAUCGCCUAUGGGACCCUGGAAGCUGGCUCAACUAAAGAGUUUUUUAGGCGAUCCAAAAUAGCAGUGUUUGAGAAGAUGUGGACCUACAUGAAGUCUGCUGAGCCCUCUGUUUUUGUGAGGACAACAGAAGAGGGGAUGAUCAGGGUGAGGAAGUCAAAAGGGAAGUAUGCCUACCUCUUGGAGUCCACCAUGAACGAGUACAUCGAGCAGCGGAAGCCCUGUGACACCAUGAAGGUGGGAGGUAACUUGGACUCCAAAGGCUAUGGCAUUGCAACACCAAAGGGGUCUGCACUGAGAAACCCAGUAAACCUGGCAGUGUUAAAACUGAACGAGCAGGGGCUUUUGGACAAAUUGAAAAACAAAUGGUGGUACGACAAGGGCGAGUGCGGCAGCGGGGGAGGUGAUUCCAAGGACAAGACGAGCGCGCUGAGUCUCAGCAAUGUGGCGGGGGUUUUCUAUAUCCUCAUCGGUGGGCUCGGACUAGCCAUGCUGGUUGCCUUAAUCGAGUUUUGUUACAAGUCCAGAAGUGAAUCAAAGCGGAUGAAGGGUUUUUGUUUAAUCCCACAGCAAUCAAUCAACGAAGCCAUACGGACAUCAACCCUUCCCAGGCCGGCUGCAGCAGGAGGCAGCGGAGAAAACGGACGUGUGGUCAGCCACGACUUCCCCAAAUCCAUGCAGACCAUCCCGUGCAUGAGCCACAGCACCGGCAUGUCCCUGGGAGCUACGGGAUUAUAACUGGCCUUUUGACCCCUCGCCUGGGUGAGAGCAGGGGCAGCCCAACUCCACCCCCUCCGGAGCCAAAACCAAACCCCGCACCAACAAGACAAACCACGAUGACAGAAGGGACAAUUGGAUGGAUCUCCUCGAGGAAAUCAGAGUUGUUUCCCUUUUUAUUUGCAACUAGAUCCACCGGCAGGAGGACGGGAACAGGUCUGUACUGCAAUAAGGAGAGUGUGAUGGGAUUUAACAGACUCCUGAACCAUCCCUGAUCAAAGAACCACUGGAACACUAAUGAGGACUGUGCCAUUUUGUUUUAACUUGGUUGUUAAUACGUCUUAGUGUGUGCAAUAUAUAUAUUUUUUCUUACUAAUUGCUGUGGUGUCAGGGUAACAUCAGCCCUUUCCCCUUUCCCUGCUCAGUCCUUCAAUCUGGUUUAGUUUGGGAUGCAAACCAUAAUGUCUGAGCUACUAACAGCAAACAAGGAAAUCUGAUACAUGGCAAGGUGAAGUCCCUGCAGGGCAUCGGCACUGACUCCUUUUGUCCAUCGUGCUUCUGCCUUCCGUUGUUCUGUUGUGGACUCAGGCUGCGGAGUUACUGCAGUGAGGCAGACAGAGCUGCGAAUGGUUCUCCCUGCAACAGGAAGGAUGUGAUGGAAGAAAGAAUCUGAAGUAAAACACGAGGCUGUCUUACAGAGGGCAAAGGUUGGAAACCCCAGGUAACCUGAGGACAAAGUGAUAAUUCUUCCAGAGAGAUGAUGAGUGGUGGGUCAAGGGAAGAAUCCUGUGCCUGGAGUGGAGAGUGUCACACAUGGCAGCCUAGAGCAGAUGGGUGGUCUAAGAUCGUGGUCGGCUGCAGUUUAUGGAAGAGACAAAGUAAAUGCCACAUUCCCCUCACAUGUGACUCUCCUGCCUAGGUUAUUGGAGGAUAAUAAGCAAUUGUGAACCAUUUCUUCAUUGCUUAGCUUCUGUGUGUGCUCCCUCUUUGGUGGUCACGUAGGGAACCCCUUUGAGCUGGGGACAGACCAUCUCAAGACAUCCAGUUCUAGAUGGCUGCCUAUUAACCAGUAAAACAUGCUAGAAGUCAUGGGUCUCAAUGGCACUUUUUUUGCUCUGAAAUCCCUUUGUGUCCAGGUUUCUGAUUAAGAGGGACAUUUUGUAGACAGCUUCCUGGAAGGAAUUGCUAAAGCAAACUAAGGAGGAGACUCUACAAGUGCUUCAUUCAAACAUCCAUGACACUCAACAGCAUCAGGGCUAGUCAAACACAGCCCUCCCAUCAAGUUGUGGCCUGUCUGGGUACCAAGCCAACAGUAGCAGAUUCCCACUCGUGUGUUCUUGGGAAGGAGGAAGCAUCCACAAGCCAGGAGAGCAGGUUGCUGAUGCCAAGCUUGGUACUGCAGAAAGCCACACUGGCACACAGGUGGCUGGGAGAUCAAAGGGGCAAAGAUGGCUUUCCAGAACUGCACAAAAGAUUCCUGCUGUGAAUCACUGGCAUGGACAGGCAAAUGUUCCCCCAUGCUGGUAGGCUUGAGACACUUCCACAGAAGUGAAGGAAUCCCAGGGGAACAUCUGAAGAGUGAGAAGAUCUGUGGGGCAGGGGCAACAGUGAACCCACUUAGCCUUGUCCCAUCUUGCAGGAUAAUCACUGCUGACAAGUGAAGUUCAAAGCUUCUCGUGGGACUCAGCAAAUAUCUGUCCAAGGACUGAGCUGCUAUUGAUUGGAGCAUUCUGGGUUGCCUUUUCUCUUGGAUUUGUUUGUUUGUUUUCUAUUUUUCUUUUCUUUUUGGUUUUGUUUUUUUUUUUUUCUUCAACAUAGCAAGAGAGUAUCAGGAAAAGAAGAGAUGCAGGUGAAGAGAAAGCAAUGAAUGACUGGCACAGGUCUGUGAGGAGGAUCUGUCCACACAGCUGUCCAUUAGCUGGAAGCUGCCUGGGUAUCAGUUUCCAUUAGCAUAAGAACAUGCAGAGCAAUAUGUUCACCACCUUUAGCACCAGCCUGGGCUGGAGAAUCUGUUCCAUCUACCUGCUUGUCAUGCAACACUUCAGAGACCAGCAAGUCAGAGUCAAGGUCCUAAGCUCAGGCACAGCAUAUCUUGUGCCAAGAUGUUUUCCUCUCUUUGCAACUGAAAGCCUUUGUGAUCUUCAGCUCUCAUCACCAGACAUGGACUCUGUUAUCAGCCACUUUCAAACAUCCCUUUGAGUUACUUUGUUGGUUAUUAUUUUCAACCUGCUUUCCUUAAGUUCAGUUCCAUUUAAGUGCUAAUUCAGUGGAGGCAUCCCACAAGCUAGCCUGUUUCAAGAGCCCUCGGAUGGAUCUCCUGACUCAGCUCUUGCUGCGUUGUGGACCUUGCCAAAGCAGCACACUGCUGGGCACUGCAGUGGGAGCAGGCUGCUGAGACCCAUCGGUGCCCCAUCCUCCAAAGGCAGGACCACCUGGCAGCAGGUCAGGGGGAGCUCAGCUGGGCAGUUGGACAGUCUUGAGAGAAGCAGCACAGCUUUGCUAGGACUGGCAACCUGUGGUGUGAAGAUGCAAGAUUCGGCCUCAGAGGCUUUUGUUCAGUGGAGGGGUUAAAACAAACAAAACAAAACAAGAAUAGGACAAAAGCGUGGGAAAUGUUAACUUGUAAUAUGUAUUUUUACUACACUUUUCUUAAAAAUAGAGUAAUGGUAAAACUCUUAAAGACAUUGACAUUUUUUCUCAACAGGAAUCCAUAUUUAACAGUUUCUGCUUUCAUUAAAUUUUGCUCUUUGGUACCUGGAUCUUUUAUUUAACAGCUAUAUUUGUUUUAACUCUCUUUUCUUUUCUCUUCCUUUUCCAUUUUCUUUGGCAGUACUGCAAAGAACUUUGCUUUAUCAGACACGACAAUGUCUUUCUUUUCUCUCAUUCUCUUUUCUUUCCAGCAACAUUUUAAUUGGUAAUUAUCAUUUACACACACACACACACACACACAAAAUGAUAAUUAAUUGAAACUAUCAGCUGAAUUUUAGCACCAAGGAUCCACGAUCCACUUUUCAUACCUGUCCAUGCCAUUUUGUGCCAGUGCUGGAUGUGUGGAAAUGAGAAUGAUGUUAUCCCCCCCUCAGGCAAUAUUACCCAACCUGAAUCAAACAAGAUUUCCUUGAUUAUUGCUGUGUCUGACUUGUGAACAGCAGCCAAAUAAACUGCUUCAGGUUGAAA